AUGGUUGAUUGCAAGCCGCUUUCAACGCCUGCCUCUGUCACGAAGUUAGUAACGCCGACUGAUGAGCUAUUUGAUAAUCUGACUCAGUAUCGCCGUAUCGUUGGGGCAUUACAAUAUUUGACCAUCACAAGACCGGAUCUAGCUUUUUCAGUCAACCGCCUCUGUCAACAUAUGCAUUCUCCCACAACAGAACAUUGGGGUUUAGUGAAGCGAGUUCUCCGCUAUAUUAAGGGGACUCUGGACUAUGGGUUGCAGCUUACUCCGUCCUCCACCUCUGGCAUUCAUGCUUUCUCGGACUCUGACUGGGCCGGUUGUCCUAUAGAUCGGAAGAGUACAAGUGGGUUCGCAGUGUUUUUAGGUACUAACCUGAUCUCUUGGCUCUCGAAGAAGCAACGCACUGUUGCACGGUCUUCUACUGAAGCAGAAUACAAAGCUCUGGCUGACGUCUCCGCCGAGGUCACUCGGGUAGUCUCUUUGUUACGCGAGCUUGGGUUAUACUCUGGGGGUCCAGCAACAUUGUGGUGUGAUAAUCUUGGGGCCACCUAUCUCUGUGCUAAUCCCGUUUUUCACGCCAGAACCAAGCAUGUGGAAAUUGACUACCAUUUUGUGCGUGACAAGGUUGCUUCUGGGGAGUUUGUUGUGAAUUAUGUUUCGACCACUGAUCAACUAGCCGACAUCUUCACCAAACCGUUGUCUACACCGAGGUUUACAGCAUUACGCGACAAGCUCAAUGUUGUGUCUACCACACCUUGUGCUUGA